AUCAUCACCAAGAAGCAUUUCAAGAAGAAGAAGAAGAAGAAGAAGAAGAAGAAGCAGGAAACAUGGCUCUUUCUAUCAGCAGCUUCCUUAUGGUCCUCGCAGCCCUCGCUCUUUCUCCUCUCUGCUUCGCCUUCCCUUAUGGCGGCCCGUUCCUCUACCCACAGUUCUACGAUCACUCGUGUCCCAAAGCCCAAGAGAUCGUGAAGUCCAUCGUCGCGAAAGCUGUUGCGAAGGAAGCACGCAUGGCUGCCUCCUUGCUUCGCCUGCACUUCCAUGACUGUUUCGUUAAGGGCUGCGACGCAUCCAUUUUGCUGGACAGCAGUGGGACUAUUGUGAGCGAGAAGGGGUCCAUCCCUAAUCGCAACUCCGUGAGAGGGUUCGAGGUCAUCGAUGAGAUCAAGUCUGCGUUGGAGAAGGAGUGUCCUCACACAGUCUCCUGCGCCGACGUAUUAGCUCUUGCUGCCAGAGACUCUACUGUCCUGGCUGGUGGCCCGUACUGGGAUGUUCCACUGGGAAGGAGAGACUCACUGGGAGCAAGCAUACAAGGGUCUAACAACAACAUUCCUGCUCCCAACAACACUUUUCAGACCAUCCUCACCAAGUUCAAGCUCAAGGGACUCGACCUUGUGGAUCUCGUCGCCCUCUCUGGUAGCCACACGAUCGGGCUAUCGCGAUGCACCAGUUUUCGGCAGAGGCUGUACAACCAGACCGGGAAGGGGUUCCCUGACUUCACCCUCGACCCGGCCUACGCAGCUCAUCUGAGGACGCGAUGCCCGCGCUCCGGCGGCGACCAGAACCUCUUCCCCUUGGACUUCGUCAGCCCCACCAAGUUCGACAACUCCUACUUCAGGAACCUGAUGGCCAAGACGGGCCUCCUCAGCUCCGACGAGAUCCUCUUCACCAACAACCCGGCGACGAUGCACCUGGUUGAGCUCUACGCGGCGCACAACGAGCUCUUCUUCCAGCAUUUCGCCAGGUCCAUGGUGAAGAUGGGCAACAUCACCCCUCUCACCGGGAACAAGGGAGAGAUCAGGAUGAACUGUAGGAAGCUGAACCAUCAAUAAGUGCAGUGACGACUUCCACUGGAUGCCCUUCAUGUUUCUGUAAUCCUCGGUUGUUCUCUCCCCUGUGAGCUAUCUCUGCUUGAUGUUCUUGUUGGCCCUCCUCAGGUUAAUCUGCUCGAGUGAAGUACCCAAAACCAAUAAGGUUGAUGUGUUGUCACCAUUUAUUUUCCUUCAAUUGUAAUCUUUUAGCCUCGUCCUCUUC